AUGUGGACGUUAUUAGAGGGGUCCGUGAGCAAGCGCGUUGACAUCUCUGGCGUCAAGGCUAGUGAUGGCGCCCCUAUUGCCAACGUUGCAGAAGAGACGACAGCGAGAGCACAGACGUUCAAGCCUGUCCUGUCCUCCGAAGGUUUCUAG